CACACAGACUGGGUCAACGAUGUGGUGGUUAUGUCGGAUGAAGCGACGCUAGUGACAGCAAGCUCCGACACUACAAUCAAAUUUUGGAACAUUGCAAAUGAAACAUGUACUGCGACUUUGAAAGAGCACUGUGAUUAUGUAAAGGCCUUGGCGUAUGCAAGAAAUGCACAAUUUUUGGCGUCAGCGGGAUUGGAUCGAGAUGUUUAUAUUUGGGAUACUGUUGCACUCCAGAAGCCUGUUGCACAAAUGCCAGGGCAUAAGGACUCUGUGUAUUGUAUCGCAACAAACAAUGAUGGAAAGCUGGUGGUGUCCGGCUCCACUGAGCGAGUGUCGACACAUGCGAUUGGUCUUAUUCGUUUAUGGGAUCCGAGAACAGGAGAGCGAACGGGUCGCCUAAAAGGACACACUGACAACAUCCGUUGCAUCCUGCUGAGUGAGGACGGUACAAAGUGCAUCUCGGGGAGUAGCGACGCAACAAUAAAGAUAUGGGACAUCGGGCAACAACGAUGCAUCCAGUCAAUCGCCAUUCACACAGAUUCCGUCUGGUCGAUUGCGCUGGAUCCUCAAAACCUGAAUCUGUAUUCUGGUGGGAAGGAUUGUAAUAUAUUCUGCACGGAUCUUCGAACUUUGGACAGCACCUUGCUGCAUAAAGCAGCAGAUCCAGUCACCAAGUUGCUGUUGAGUCCAGCUCGCUCCCUGUGGGUGUCAACUGUGAGUGCAGACUUGCAAUUUUUGGAUGUCGAGCCACUCCUGCGAGCCGGAGCACGCGGUCCAAGCCCUCUGUUCAUUCCAUCACUAUCGUCGGCCCACGUCGCUCGAUCGGAUCAUCAAGUGUGGGCCAAGAAGCUCCAGGUAAGAAAUCUGGUUCCUCUGCUGGCGAACCCUACACAUGUCAUCAAGGGCCUCCCUGCGAUCGUCAAGCACGACUUCUUGGAGAACCGUCGAUGCGUCUUGACAGAGGAUACAGCAGGGGAUGUUGCCCUAUGGGAUGUGACCAAGGCCCAGAAGAUACAGGAAUAUGGGAAAGUCGACUUCCGAGAGACUCGGAAAUCGCUCGAGAAGGAAUUGCUUGUGCCUGCCUGGUGCACUGUAGAUUGCAAACUCGGGUCGUUGACUGUCAAUCUGGAUUUUCCUCAAGUAUUUUCUGCGGAACUCUAUGCCAACGAUGCCGGAUUUCCGCACACUCCGGAGUUAGAAGAAACUAAGAUGAACGUCGGGUUCCGAAUUUUACGUUCGCUCCUCAAGCGCUGGUUGCAGGGUCGCAGGGUCAGACCUCAAGGUGAGCAUGCGACUGCAAGCUUGACGGCCCUGAGUUGCCCUGAGCAGACAGUCAUCAUCAGCGAGGACUCAGGCACGAAGCCGCUGAUCUGCCGGAGAGUUUUCGAGUGGGACGGCAGCGAGCCGGUUGACAUCCUGCCCGAGUGGCUGGUGCAGAGCCUGGAGCGAGAUGCACCGCACAACGACAAGGGGGAGCGAGUUGGAUUCUACCUCACCGCGCACCCCGACUGCGACAUCCGGCAGAUGCAGCAGGGAAAGUUGAAUGCCCCGCAGAUCCUGAGGGCGAGGAAGGUCCUCCACUACGCCAUGACGAAGCUGCAACUCGACACUCAGAUCCCCGCGAAGCUCAAGAGGCCGGACGUGCGUGAGCCCUUCGACUAUCUGGAGCUCGUCUGCAACGAGCGCAUCGUGCCGCUGGACAUGAACCUGAUGACGAUCCGCAAGUACGUGGCGAAGAACCCGGACGAGCUGGUCCUGCAGUACCGAUGGAAGGAGAGCAUGGCCAAGAGCGACAGCGCGGUCAAGGGCUUUGCAUGA